AUGGUGGGGCUCUGGCUGCUGCUGCUGCUGCCCCACGGGGGAGCCCUGCUCAGCACAGACCCCACGACUGGAAAUACCACUGACCCCAAUGCUGAGGGCAGCCUACAGUCCACCCUGAAAAAGGGCUGGUGUUCCUCAUGGGGGGCUGGCCACUUCUCCACCUUUGACCACCAUGCCUACGACUUCCUGGGGACCUGCAACUACAUCUUUGCGGCCAGCUGCAAGGGUGCCUCACCUACCUUCAGCAUCCAGCUGCGGCGAGGGGCGGACGGGAACAUCUCUCGGAUCAUUGUGGAGCUAGGGUCCUCCGUUGUCACCGUGAAUGAGACGACGAUCUCCAUCAAGGACAUCGGGGUGGUCAGCCUGCCCUACACCAGCCAUGGGCUCCAAAUCACACCCUACGGCCAGAGUGUGCAGCUGGUGGCCAAGCAGGUGGAGCUAGAGCUGGUGGUCAUGUGGGGCCCAGACGCCCACCUCAUGGUUCUGGUGGAGAGGAAGUACAUGGGCCAGAUGUGUGGGCUGUGUGGGAACUUCGACGGGACGACGGCCAAUGAGUUUCUGAGCGAGGAUGGCAAACUCCUGGAGCCCUACAAGUAUGCUGCACUCCAGAAGCUGGACGACCCCAACGAGAUCUGCACCUUUGAGGCCAUCCCCAGGCCCCCCGUCCUGCAGGCCACACAUGUUGGGAUCUGCACCCAGCUGCUGACCUUGGUGUCCCCUGAGUGUGAUGUGCCCAAGAAGCCACUGGUGCUGAGCUGCCAGGUGGACAUGGCUACAUGUGCCCAGCCUGGCCAGCAGAACUGCAGCUGUGCCACUCUGUCUGAGUACUCCCGCCGGUGCAGCAUGGCACACAGGCCUGUCAGCAACUGGCGGGGCCCCGGCCUCUGCUCCGUGGGCCAGUGCCCAGCCAACCAGGUGUAUCAGGAGUGUGGCACGGCCUGCAUCAGGACCUGCUCCAACCCACAGCACAGCUGCUCCAGCCCCUGCACCUUUGGCUGCUUCUGCCCCAAAGGAAUGGUACUCAAUGACCUCUCCAACAACCACACCUGCGUGCCGGUCAGCCAGUGCCCCUGCAUGCUCAAUGGAGUCGCCUACAGCCCUGGGGAGGUCGUGAGGGCUGCCUGCCAAAGCUGCCAGUGCACCAUGGGCCACUGGACGUGCACAGGGCAGCCGUGCCCGGGCCACUGCUCUCUGGAAGGCGGCUCCUUUGUCACCACAUUCGAUGCCAGGCCCUACCGCUUCCACGGCACCUGCACCUACAUCCUCCUCCAGAGCCCCCAGCUUCCCAACGAGGGCACGCUCAUGGCCGUGUAUGACAAGUCGGGCUACUCACACUCAGAGACGUCCCUGGUUGCCAUCAUCUACCUGUCCGGGCAGGACAAGAUUGUAAUCUCCGAGGAUGAGGUGACCAACAAUGGAGACACCAAGUGGCUCCCCUACCAGACCCGCAACAUCACCAUCUUCAGACAGACGUCUACCCACCUCCAGAUGGCCACCACCUUCGGGCUAGAGAUCGUGGUCCAGCGUCAGCCCGUCUUCCAGGUGUACAUCACCCUCGGGCCGCAAUUCAGAGGCCAGACCAGAGGGCUCUGUGGCAACUUCAACGGGAACACGACCGAUGAGUUCACAAGCAGCGCAGGCAUCGACGAGGGCACAGCUGCACUCUUCGUGGACUCCUGGCGGGCGGGGAACUGCCCGGCUGCCCUGGAACGGGAGAUCGACCCCUGCUCCAUGAGCCAGCUCAACAAGAUGUACGCAGAGACCCACUGCUCGGUGCUGCUAAAGAAGGAUGGUGUGUUCGAGAAGUGCCAUGCCGUGCUGGACCCCAAGCCUUUCUACAAGAGGUGCGUGUACCAGGCCUGCAACUAUGAGGAGACCUUCCCGCACAUCUGCGCAGCCCUGGGCGCCUACGUGCACGCCUGCUCCUCCCAGGCCGUGCUGCUCGGGGACUGGAGGGACAGCGUGUACAACUGCACCAUCCCUUGCACCGGCAACCACACCUUCAGCCAGCAGAGCCAGGCCUGUGACCACACCUGCCUAUCCCUGUCCAACCGCGAGGUGGAGUGCCACCCCAGCGCAGUGCCCGUGGAUGGCUGUAACUGCCCUGAUGGCACCUACCUGGACCACAGGAAUGAGUGUGUGCACAAGGCCCAGUGCCCCUGCCUGUUGGAGAGUCACAAGUUCAUCCUGGCCGGCCAGUCCACCAUGGUCAACGGCAUCAUCUGCCACUGCACCAAUGGACGGCUGAGCUGCCCAGGGCAAUCGCAGGUGUUCUUGGCUUCCUGCCCAGCCCCCAAGACAUUCCAGUCCUGCAGCCAGUCCUCAGAGGACAAGUUUGGGGCCGCAUGUGCCCCCACGUGCCAGAUGCUGGCCACCGGCAUCACCUGUGUGCCCACUAAGUGUGAGCCUGGCUGCGUCUGUCCUGAGGGGUUCUACGAGAAUACCAGUGGGCAGUGUGUGCUCCCCGGGCAGUGCCCCUGUGACUUUGCGGGGGUCUCCUACCCCGGGGGUGCUGUGCUCCGCACCGACUGCAAGAACUGCACCUGCUCACAGGGGAGGUGGACCUGCCAGCAGAGUGCCCAUUGCCCAUCUACCUGCAUUCUCUAUGGGGAGGGCCACAUAAUCACUUUCGAUGGGCAGCGCUUCGUCUUUAAUGGCAACUGCAAGUACACUCUGGCCACGGAUGACUGUGGUGCCAACUCCCAGCCCAGUUUCAAGAUCCUGGUGGAGAACGUCGUCUGUGGGAAGUCAGAGGCAACCUGCUCCCGAGCCAUCCAGAUCCUCCUGGGCGGCCUGACUAUCACGAUGGCAGACAGAAACUACUCCAUCAGCGGGGAGAACUCCCAGGUGCACGUGCUGGUGAAGCCCAGCUCCUUGAACCUGGUUCUGGACAUAGAUAUCCCCAACCGGCUCAACAUGACGCUGGUCUGGAACAAGCACAUGAGCGUCUCCAUCAGGGUCCAUCGUGCCUCCCAGGACGUCCUCUGUGGCUUGUGUGGCAACUGCAAUGGGAACAUGAAGGAUGACUUUGAGACACGCAGCAAGUACGUGGCAUCCAACGAGUUGGAAUUCGUGAACUCAUGGAAGGAGAGCCCACUGUGCAGGGACGCGAGCUACGCAGAAGACCCCUGCAGCCUCAACCCCUUCCGCCGCCCCUGGGCAGAGCGCAAGUGCAGCAUCAUCCACAGCCAGACCUUCACAGCCUGCCACAGCAAGGUCUACCGCAUGCCCUACUACGAGGCCUGCGUGCGGGACGCCUGCCUGUGCGACAAGGGUGGGGACUGUGAGUGCCUGUGCGAUGCAGUGGCCGCCUAUGCCAAGGCCUGCCUGGACAAGGGCGUGUGCGUGGACUGGAGGGCCCCAGACUUCUGCCCCAUCUACUGCGACUUCUACAACACCCACUCGCAGGUGGGCGACGGCAAGUUCCAGUACACGCAGGAGGCCAACUGCACGUGGCACUACCAGCCCUGCCUCUGCCCUGGCCACCUGGACAGCUUCCCAGACACGAAUGUCGAAGGCUGCUACAACUGCUCCCAGGAUGAGUACUUCGACCACCGCACGGGGACCUGUGUGCCCUGCAACCACAUACUCACCCAGCUCCAGCUCAGAGCAGAGCCCCCAGGCCUGACAGGCCACACGGAGGUCAACAGCCACAGGACUGACGGUGACGGAAGCCAUAACACAGGCCACAGCAGCUCCGGAGAGCCAAGGCACAAAGUCCACAGCUCAGUCCACAGCAAGAACCACGGAGGCCCCACCAAGCUCAAGAACAGGAACGCUUCCCAGCCAAGCUACGCCCCUCAAGACUACCAGACCAUCCAGCCCAGAAGUGCUCAGUGGUACCUCCACCCCAAGGCCUAUGGGCUCCAGUCUUUCCACCACAACCAUCAAGGCCACCGGAACCACAAGCACUACACUACUGAUGACCACUUCUACCAGGUCCUCCACAGGAGCCAGAACGUCCCUCCAGACCACCAGGGCAUAUCCAACUUCAACUGGCCACAAGUCCUCAGUUACCUCUCUGGGUACCACGCUAUCCACCAUCUCUCUCAGACCAACUUCUCAGAGCCUCACCAGCCCGUCCAGCCCAGAGGUGUUAUGGAGCACCUCCAUCCCAAGGCCAAUGGACACGAGUCUUUCAACCACAGCCGUGAAGGCUACUGGACCCAGAAGCACUUCACCACUGAUGACCACGUCCACCUGGACCUCCACACAGGCCCACUGGUCUUUCCACACUGCCAGAACGUCGUCUUAUUUCCGGAGCUCUUCUUCUCCCUUGUCCUCCAUUUCUACCUCCAGUUCUACUUUGUCCCCCGCAGCCUCGCCAUCGGCACUCCAGACUACACAUCCUUCCACACUUUUGCCCAAGGCCUCAUCCACAACCUCCCGGCCAACUUCUUUUCAAACCUCUUCCUCUCCCAUUUCCGCCUUGCUGUCACCGAGAUCUCCUCUUACCACAUCGUCCACCUCAGUCCCUUCAACCUCCCCCACUGCUCCCCCACUUCCACCACCUCCCAGCUUACUUCUCUUACCACCCAAGCCUCCAUGCCAGGCCUUGUGUCUUCGACCUUGAGGAUGACAAGCUCAACAGUUUCCCCUACUACCAACCUUACCAGCAGUCCUCCUGGUACCUCCAGGCUGCUGACGUCCAUGCUCCUGUCCAGCUACAUCACCUCGCACGGAAGCUCCUCUACCUUCCCCCCAGCAACCCCCUCCAGGGUGGCCCCCUCAGUCUCCUCUGAUGGAGCCUGCAGUGUGCAGGAACAUGAACAGGAAAUCACCUACCAGGGGUGCACCGCAAACGUGACCCUGACCCGCUGCGAGGGUGCUUGUGCCUCUUCCGUCAGCUUCAACAUCACCACCCAGCAGGUGGAUGCUCAGUGUAGCUGCUGCUACCCGCUCAACUCCUACAGGAAACAGCUCCUACUGCCCUGUGCAGACCCCAGCGCACCAGGCCAGCAGCUCAAGGUCACCUUGCAGGUGUUCAGCAGCUGUGUGUGCCAACUCUCGCACUGCAGAGACUAG